UUACGGGGGAUUCCAGUCCUUACACUGGUCUGUUUCACUUCCAGAAGUGCUCGACUCGGGAUGCGCUCCAGCCGGUCACGCUCAGGCUGAGCGGGACGGUCCUGCGGGAAGGGAUCCAGGAUGGGCACGCUCGCCCUGCGGGCUGCGCUGCCAAAGGGCCGGGAACAGCCAUUCCAAGGCAACGCGCACCCCCUGCAGGCACCUAUCAGUUCCUCGGCAAAGAUUCCGUGAAUUACCUUAACCAAGAAAAGAGAAGACUCUUGCGUAAGAAGCAAUCUCAGCUGUGGCACCGGCCGGGCCCGGGGCGGGGCCGGCCCCCGGCAGAGCAGGGGCACGCCCGCCCGGCCCGCCGCGUAGUGCGCAGGCGCGGCGGCAUUGGUGGCGGCAUGGGCGACACGCUGGAGGAGCCGUGGUGGGACAGCGAGCCCGGGACGGGCGGCACGCCAGAUCCUUCAGAUGAUGAAGCUAUUGAAAAAGCAAGUGAAAACAGGACAGCAACACGUCAAGAUUCAGAUUCCAAACCUGCUGUGAAAAAGAAAAGAAAGCAGCCUACAGAGUGUUUUUUAAGUCAGCCUGAAGAAAAGCAAGAGAGUGCUGUGAAGGCAAAGAAGAGGAAGAAGAAGAAGAUUUCUGAUGUUCUGCAAAAAUCUGCUCCAAAACCUGGUGUCCCUGCAGAUCUACAAAAUCUGCUUAGUCAACAUUUUGGUGAAAACCGGUCUGUGAUUGAAAUAGAGGAGUUAAAGCUGUCAGAUUCCUGCUUUUUGCCAGCCAAUGAUCUUACCCACAGUUUUUCUUCAUACCUGAAGGAAAUCUGUCCGAAGUGGGCGAAGCUCCGGAGGAACCACAAGGAGAAGAAGUCACUGGUGAUGUUGGUUCUCUGCAGCUCUGCCCUGCGCUCCUUGGAGCUCAUCAAGUCAAUGACAGCCUUUAAAGGAGAUUGCAGAGUCAUCAAGUUGUUUGCAAAGCACAUAAAGAUAAAGGAACAAAUGAAUAUGUUGGAGAAAGGCAUGUUCCACAUUGGGGUUGGAACUCCUGGGAGAGUAAAGGCACUAGUGGAGCAAGAUGUCCUGUGCUUAAACUCUGUGAAAUAUAUGAUUCUGGAUUGGAACUGGAGAGAUCAGAAACUGAGGAGAAUGAUGGACAUCCCUGAGAUAAAGAAAGAAACAAUUGACCUACUGGAGAAGAGUAUUAUAAAGCUGUGCAGAGAUGGAUCUGUGAAGCUGGGACUCUUUUAAUAGUUUACCAACAAGGAAGUAAUUUGCAGCUGCAUUUUACUAUUAUCCUGCCUGCAACUGAAUUUUGACUUUUCAGAGGUCUCAAUACAGAAGGCACAUUGCAACUUUUUCUGAGUUUUCUUUUAAUAAAAACCUAGAUGUUAUGUUUGUAGUUCUAGUAUUAUUUUUAUUGCAGGAACAAUGUCAUACUGAAACCAGAGUUACACUGCUUUCACCUGCUAGAUGUACUACUACAUGUCACAAGUAAGACUGAAGAUGAGCAAAUAUGAGUGUGAAUGUCUUUGCACAGCUCAGUUUUCUGUUCCCUCCCUGUGUUGUCCCAAAUGAGACGUGUAUUUCUGUCAUGAGUGUGGUAAUCUACUUGCUCUUGGGGGGGUCUUUGAAAAAGUUGUAUGAAUUUCAGUAACAUGAUGAAAAGGUAUUUUUCACCUAUCUGUUCUAGUGCUAACCAAAUGCUGCUUUUUGCUCUUAUAUGAUAAAUUAUCUGGAUAUUAUACUGAGAUUUUAUUUUGGUUAAACUGUUGAAGUGUGCAAAAAAUAUUCUUAUAUCUGUCCAUUUAAAUUAAAA